AAUUGGACAAAAAAACUAACAAAAAACGACACCAUUCCAAGAUUCAUACUUCAAAAACCCCAACCCUCUCUUCAUCUGCACUAUGCUGCGAAAGUGUUGAGUUUUAGAAGAGAGAAAAAAAAUGGGAAAAGCAGCGAAGGAGCAAUUGAAUAGAGCUCUCAACGAGCAUCUCAACACGAUUCAUGAAACUCUUCAGGCAUUGAAUCAAACACCAUCUUCAUCUCUUGAAAAAGUUAGCUGGAAAGAGGUUAUUCAGAUGGGUGAACAGCUUUAUAAACAAGCCACUAUGGUCGGAAUGCUUUGGACUGGAGAAGCUCCAGAGGUUAAAGCACUCGAGGAGAACAUGGCUUCAUAUUUUAAUAUACUGCAAGGGCUCCUUUUGCUUUCCCACUCAAGUACAGUGGGUGCAGGACCUACCCUGUCUUCCUGCAUUCAUGCGUCCAUUAAACAAGUUGUUGACAGCAGUUUCAUGUUGAUGAAAGAGUCUGUGUCUUCAUAUGGUUCUAACAACAAAAAACAGAAACUAUCAAUCCCACAGUUGGUGGGCACUGUCUGGGAAACUUGUUCUGCUCUUAAGAAGACUCCAGCCACAAAUAUUACUGCUAUAGGUCGAGCAAUGACACAGGUUGCUGUUUCCAUGAAGGAUGUACUUCGUGAAAUGAAUGAACUGAAGCCAGCAUCAUCUGAUGUCGGAGAUGAAUCUUCUGUUCAAGAUUCUGCCGAAGGAGAAAGCAAAUGCCAGGAUAGUGAUGAUUCAUUUGCAGGUGAUCUAGGCAAUGAUCUUUCUCCGGAGGAGAUGGAAAUUGCUCGCUUGACUACUGAUGUGGUGUCUGCAACCCUUGUGGUCAUUAAAGAACUUAUUCGCUCCAUUACAAGCUUACUUAAGCAGGAAAGUUCUGCGGAUACUGCUACUUUUGUACCCUCUCUAGAGACACUACUGAAACUUUCUCAAGAAAUCGGGCUACAAAUUGACGAACUUGGAGCUUCUCUGUAUCCUCCACAAGAAAUUUCUGCAUUGAAGGCUGCUAUAGAGAAGAUAUCGUGUGCUACUGAUGAAAUAUUGGCGGAGCUGGAAAAACUUGAAGGAUGUUCUGAAGAUUUUGUUAAAGCAUGCAAUGGUUUGCAGAGUUCAUUGAAACAACUGGAAGCUGAAUUAGAUCACUCAGAUGCAACUGAUACUAUGCCCAAGAUAGAAAACCUUGUUAUCGCGUAAUUUUAGUAAAGGGGAAGGGGAGGAGAAAUAGAUGCUUUUGAACGAGCUUCUUAGUUUUGUAGCUCUGAGCAUCGAGUAAAAAGUUCUUACAUUUAUUUGGAUGUAUUUUUGUUUUUCGUGACCUUAUGCCAUUAAAUGAAUAUAUAGUUAUCUAGCCA